AUGGCCCUCCCAUUCCCUACUCGUCAACUUUACUACAACGGUCAGGCGCAGGUCGCCUCGUCCGGAAAAACUUUCCAGACUAUCAACCCUGCCACAGCAACCCCUCUGGCCGACAUUCAGGUGGCCUCUCCUUCUGACAUUGACUCCGCUAUUAACUCUGCAGACCGUGCAUUCCCCGCUUGGUCGCAAUCUCCUCCUAUUGCUCGGGCUCGUAUUCUCCAAAAGGCCGCUACCCUUCUUCGGGAGCGCAAUGAUGAGAUCGCCCGCGUAGAAACCUUGGAUUCUGGAAAGGCAUACACCGAGACAAGCACUGUCGAUGUGGUCACUGGCGCAGAUGUACUUGAAUACUAUGCCAAUUUCAUUGGUGGUGGUGGUCUGAAUGGUGAGACCACACAGUUGCGAGAGGAUGCGUGGGUUUACACUAAGAAGGCUCCGUUGGGUGUCUGCGCCGGCAUUGGUGCUUGGAACUACCCAAUUCAGAUUGCCCUGUGGAAGUCCGCUGCUUGUCUUGCGGCAGGUAACACAAUGGUAUACAAGCCUAGUGAAUUCACCCCUCUCCACGGUCAGACUCUCGCCGAGAUUUAUACUGAGGCGGGUUUGCCUGCUGGUGUCUUCAACGUGAUCAACGGCGCUGGCGACGUUGGUGCUUACCUGACCAGCCACCCUACCAUUGCCAAGGUGUCGUUCACCGGACAGGUGUCGACCGGUAUGAAAGUAGCAGGCUCGGCUUCAGGCAAUAUGAAGUAUGUCACCAUGGAACUGGGUGGCAAGAGUCCUCUAAUUGUCUGCCCCGAUGCGGACUUGGAGAACGCUGUCGAUGGAGCCAUGAUGGCCAACUUUUACAGCACCGGUCAGGUCUGUACCAACGGCACUCGGGUAUUCAUUCCACGGUCCAUGAAGGCCGCCUUUGAAAAGCGUCUGUUGGAGAAGAUCCCUUUUGUGCGGGCUGGCCCCCUCUUUGACGAGCAGACCAACUACGGUCCUCUGAGCUCCGCUGUGCACUACGAGAAAGUGAUCUCGUACAUUCGCCACGGUAUAGAAACGGACCGGGCCACUCUGCUCUGUGGUGGUCCUGAGAAGCCUGUCGUGCCCCAAGACCUGCAGGCUGGCUACUGGGUCAAGCCCACCAUCUUCACCGACUGCACCGACUCUAUGCGUAUUGUCAAGGAAGAGAUCUUCGGGCCUGUCAUGACUCUAUUAUUCUAUGAUUCCGUUGAGGAGGCCGUGAAGCGCGCCAACACCACCGAGUAUGGGCUCGCAGCGGGUGUCUUUACCAAGGAUCUGAACCAGGCCCACCGGGUCAUUGACCAGCUGCAGGCUGGUAUCACCUGGAUUAAUACCUGGGGUGAAAGCCCGGCAGAGAUGGCUGUGGGCGGCUGGAAGAAGAGUGGCCUGGGCGUGGAAAAUGGUCGUCGGGGCAUCGAGGCUUGGUUGCAGAACAAGAGCACUCUGGUUGAUAUGAGUGGGGCUGUUGCGACUGUUUUUGCCAAGCUAUAA